AUGCUGAUUACAUGGUGGUAUUUUUACCUUGCAGCUCGGAGCUUCGUCGAAAAAUCACUGAACAUGGCUUCAAUCCUGCAGAAGUUGAUCACUCCGCUGUUCAGUGGUCCUCCUGAGCCCCCUAGGAAUAAAGUGACAGUGGUAGGCGUGGGCCAGGUUGGCAUGGCCUGUGCUGUCAGCAUCCUGCUCAGGGAGCUGGUUGAUGAGCUGGCCCUGGUAGAUGUGAUGGAGGACAAGCUGAAAGGAGAGAUGAUGGACCUGCAACACGGCAGCCUCUUCCUGAAAACCCCCAAAAUAGUCGCAGACAAAGAUUACUCCGUUACAGCUAACUCCCGCAUCGUCGUGGUGACAGCUGGAGUCCGUCAGCAGGAGGGGGAGAGCAGGCUGAACCUCGUGCAGAGAAACGUCAACAUCUUUAAGCACAUCGUCCCCCAGAUUGUCAGAUACAGUCCUGACUGCAUCAUCAUUGUUGUUUCAAACCCAGUCGAUGUGCUGACCUACGUGACCUGGAAACUGAGCGGCCUUCCCAAGCACCGCGUCAUCGGGAGCGGCACCAACUUGGACUCCGCACGCUUCCGUUUCCUGAUGGCCGACAAACUGGGAAUUCACCCCAGCAGCUUCAACGGAUGGAUCCUAGGAGAACACGGAGACACCAGUGUGCCUGUGUGGAGCGGAACAAAUGUGGCUGGAGUCAACCUGCAGCUUUUAAACCCGGAUAUCGGCACCGACCUCGACGACGAGAACUGGAAAGAGACCCACAAGAUGGUGGUGGACAGUGCCUAUGAGGUGAUCAAGCUGAAGGGUUACACCAACUGGGCCAUCGGUCUGAGUGUCGCUGACCUAACUGAGAGCCUCAUAAGGAACAUGAACAGGAUUCAUCCCGUCUCCACCAUGGUGAUGGGCAUGUAUGGGAUCAGUGACGAGGUGUACCUGAGUCUGCCCUGCGUGUUGAACAGCGGAGGCGUGUCCAGCGUGGUCAACAUGACCUUGACAGAAGACGAGGUGGCUCAACUGCAGGCCAGUGCCAGCACACUGUGGGACAUCCAGAAGGACCUGCAGGAUGUCUAACUGACCAGAAGAGGGCGACAUAGCAGCAUCUUCCUGACUGCUCAUGGCCUUCAGUAAUUUCACUCUGCAUUCACUACCUACCAGACAGCUCCACCGUCCACACCUUCAACCCACGGCCCUCUGUAGAUUCUCUGGUGUUGAGGGGUUUAAACCUGUCAGAUUUAGCUGUAGGUGUCAGUUUGUACACUUGUACUCGCUGGAGAGAAAAACCAAAGGUGACAUAGACUGAGAGAAAUGCUCCGACUCAUUUAUCUUCAGUUGUGUAGCACUGUGGGACCGUGUGUCACUCAUGUUGCUUUGAAGUGUAAUAAAGCAAGCUGGUUGGUGCUUGAACAAGA